AGGGCUUCAUUUUAUGGUGUUCUGUGGGGUCCUAAGACCAGGUGGCACUAGUCAUCAACCGUCACUAUGACGCUGCCAGGGGGUAACAUGUGACACCAAGAAUGGGGGCUGCUGGGAUUGACAGGGUCUCCUGGUGCUCUGCAGCCCUAUAAGGACGGACCGUAACAGCUGUGCAUGCACUCCCAGCUUCAGUUACUUUCUUUAGGCCACCCGUUUGCGGGGUGCAUUCCUUCUGGAACAUACUGGACUGGACCACUGAUAAAGCAGCCCUGGGUAUAAAGCCCUGCAGCAGGCCACACGUGCUGCAUUCGAGCAAACGAGCAAAGGAGGUCUAAUCUGAAUAAGAAGGGACCCUGCAGUUUUCAUCUACAGCUUUCAUUAAGAUGCCAGAAAAAGUCAGCCAGCCCAUGGAGGAGGAGGUGGAGACCUUUGCCUUUCAGGCAGAGAUUGCCCAACUGAUGUCUCUGAUCAUCAACACCUUCUAUUCCAAUAAGGAGAUCUUUCUUAGAGAGCUUAUCUCUAACUCAUCAGAUGCUUUGGACAAAAUCAGAUAUGAGAGUUUGACGGACCCCAGCAGGCUGGAAUCCUGCAAGGACCUGAAGAUUGAUAUCAUUCCUGACCAGGUCACUCGCACCCUGACCAUAAUUGACACUGGCAUUGGGAUGACAAAGGCCGACCUCAUCAACAACUUGGGCACUAUUGCCAAGUCCGGGACCAAAGCCUUCUACUCGGCCUACCUGGUGGCUGAGAAGGUGACUGUCAUCACCAAGCACAAUGAUGAUGAGCAGUAUGCCUGGGAGUCGUCUGCUGGAGGAUCUUUCACUGUCAAAGUGGAUACAUCUGAACCUCUGGGCCGUGGAACAAAGGUGGUCCUACAUUUGAAGGAGGACCAGACAGAAUAUCUUGAGGAACGAAGGGUGAAAGAGAUUGUGAAGAAACAUUCUCAGUUCAUUGGCUACCCCAUCACACUUUUUGUGGAGAAAGAGCGUGACAAAGAGGUCAGUGAUGAUGAAGAAGAGAAAGAGGAGGAGAAAGGGGAGGAAGACAAGAAAAGUGAUGAGGACAAGCCUGAAAUUGAAGAUGUGGGCUCUGAUGAGGAUGAGGAGCAGGAGAAGAGCUCUGAUAAGAAGAAGAAAAAGAAGAAAAUCAAGGAGAAGUACAUUGACCAAGAGGAGCUCAACAAAACUAAGCCCCUCUGGACCCGUAAUCCAGAUGACAUCACCAAUGAGGAGUAUGGGGAGUUUUACAAGAGCUUGACUAAUGACUGGGAGGACCACCUGGCUGUAAAGCACUUCUCCGUAGAGGGCCAGCUUGAGUUCAGGGCUCUGCUCUUUGUUCCAAGAAGAGCCCCUUUUGACCUUUUUGAAAACAAGAAGAAGAAAAAUAACAUCAAGCUAUAUGUGCGCAGAGUCUUCAUCAUGGAUAACUGUGAAGAGCUCAUCCCAGAGUAUCUCAAUUUCAUCAAAGGUGUUGUGGACUCUGAGGACCUCCCUCUGAACAUCUCCAGAGAGAUGCUGCAGCAGAGUAAGAUCCUGAAGGUGAUCCGCAAGAACCUGGUGAAGAAGUGCCUGGAGCUCUUCACUGAGCUGUCNAACAUCUCCAGAGAGAUGCUGCAGCAGAGUAAGAUCCUGAAGGUGAUCCGCAAGAACCUGGUGAAGAAGUGCCUGGAGCUCUUCACUGAGCUGUCCGAAGACAAGGACAACUACAAGAAAUAUUAUGAGCAGUUCUCCAAGAACAUCAAGCUUGGAAUACAUGAAGACUCUCAAAAUCGCAAGAAACUCUCUGAGCUCUUAAGGUACUAUACCUCCGCAUCAGGGGAUGAGAUGGUCUCCCUUAAGGACUACGUCACUCGGAUGAAGGACAACCAGAAGCACAUCUACUACAUCACUGGAGAAACAAAGGAUCAGGUGGCCAACUCUGCUUUCGUGGAACGCCUACGCAAGGCAGGUCUUGAGGUGAUCUACAUGAUCGAGCCCAUUGAUGAAUACUGUGUCCAGCAGCUGAAGGAGUUUGAGGGCAAGAACCUGGUGUCAGUCACAAAAGAGGGUUUGGAACUUCCUGAGGAUGAGGAGGAGAAGAAGAAACAGGAAGAACUUAAGAGCAAAUUUGAGAACCUCUGCAAGAUCAUGAAGGACAUUUUGGAGAAGAAAGUGGAAAAGGUUACAGUAUCCAAUAGGCUGGUCUCCUCUCCUUGCUGCAUUGUAACCAGCACAUAUGGCUGGACGGCCAACAUGGAGAGGAUCAUGAAGGCACAGGCACUGAGAGACAACUCCACUAUGGGCUACAUGGCUGCCAAGAAGCACCUGGAAAUAAAUCCAGACCAUCCUAUUAUUGAGACCCUCAGACAGAAGGCGGAGGCUGACAAGAAUGACAAAUCUGUGAAGGACCUGGUCAUUCUGCUGUUCGAGACUGCGUUGCUGUCUUCUGGCUUCACAUUGGAUGACCCUCAGACUCACUCCAACCGUAUCUAUAGGAUGAUCAAGCUGGGGUUGGGAAUUGAUGAGGAUGAUCUGACCACUGAUGAAAGCAGUUCUGCUCCUGUUGAAGACAUGCCCCCACUGGAAGGAGAUGAUGAUGCCUCCAGGAUGGAGGAAGUAGAUUAGAGCUACAGUAAAAGACCAAGUUCGCAGUAGAACUGUAAAUAAUUAGAAUGUCUGUUGCAAUGCACAUUCUCUGAGAAUGCUUCCUUUUGUUCCCUGUACAUCUUGGAUCUCUGGCAGUGCCAUGCGUGGGAGGACAUCUCACCUGACUGCUCUUGUUUCUGUCUAGUUCUUGACAUCUUCUAUUUAUUGACAUUCCAGUAUGGUCUCCUGUGUGCCAUGAAUGCAUUGUAUAAUGGCAAUUUAGAGAUUUGAAAUGGUUGUACCAGAACAAAUAAAAUUUCAGAAUCCGAAA